UUUUUUAGCUUCUAUUUACUCCUACAAAGUACGAAAAAAACAUUAGAAGUCGGUACGCGGACAUCAACCCUUUCAAAAAAUGUUUUUUUCCGGAAAAUGGCAAAAAAAAUUCGAAAAAAAUUCAUCACUUUCGCCUUGACGAAAAUUAAAAUAUGAAUUAAUUUUUUUUAGCUUCCACUUACUCCUAGAAAGUACGAAAAAAACAUUAGAAGACGGUACGCGGACAUAAGCUGCUUCAAAAAAUGUUUGUGUCCGGUAAAUUGCAAAAAAAAUUCGAAAAUAAUUUAUAACUUUCGCCUUGACGAAAUCUAAAACAUAAAAUAAUAUUUUUUAGCUUCCACUUACUCUUAGAAAGUACGAAAAAAACAUUUGAAGACGGUACGCGGACAUCAGACCCUUCAAAAAUUAUUUUUUUCCGGAAAAUUGCAAAAAAAAAUUCUAAAAAAAUUUAUAACUUUCGCCUUGACUAAAACUUAAAUCUAGAUUAAAUAUUACUUGUUCUUCUAUUUUUAUUGUUUUUAUUAUGAAUAUUAAUAAUUUAAUUUUUAUUUUUAUUAUUUUUAUCAAUCAUUUAUUUCCUUUCAGUGUUUGAUGUCGUGGUUUGAAUGUUAUUGAAUUUCAUUCUUUUGUUUUUAAAUUAUAACCUAAGGAUUUGCGUAAUUUGCGUAAGAAUUGUCAAACUGUUUUAUAUGUUUCAUUCAUUUGUUUAUAUGUUAGUACCAACAUAAAUUUUUUCAAAAAUUGACUUGGAGUUGAUAACUGGGUGCCAGUUUCAGUUUCAUAAUUUUUGCUAAUUUACAGAUUCUAUGGAGGAAAAAAAAAAAAAAAAAAUUAAAAAAAAGAGAAUUUAUGGAAGAAAGUAAAAAAAAACAAAAAAUGAAAAUAAAAUGACUAUAAUUGUAUAAUAUUAGAAAUUAGAAAAUGCGCUCGCGCGUUGAUAAAGCGUUGCGAUGCGUCGGCGUUAACAAUCAGCACGUGGCAUUGACUAUAUACAAAAUCUACAUCCCGGUGUUUCUUGUUUAAGUCGGGACAACCCUCCGACGACGUUUGUCGUGUGCGCGUUUUAAUAUCCAGUCGAUCUAUACGCAUAUAUAUAUAUAUAUAUAGUUUUGUUCGGCGAAUUCAAGAAAAUUUCCUUCUUCGUCAAGAAAGAACGAAAGAAAAAAAGAAAAAAAAACUACAAAAAAAAAUGUUUAUCAAAUUUCUUCAUUAUCAAUUUGAGCCGAAAAAAUCAGGAUUUAAAAAUUUUUAUUUCCUCAAACGAUGGAUCUUCUGUUAGCAUUUGUUGCGAGAUUUCGGGAUCGGAGCCGAGAAUGAAGAUCACAUGAAUAAUGAAAUGAAUAAAGAAGAAAAAAGAAUUAAGAGUCCGUCAAAAAAAAGGGAAAUUUAGAAAAAAAAAUUUAUCCAGCCAAAGGGAAAAGGAGGAAUGGGCCCUUGGGCCUUUGGUGUACCAAUUGUCCUAGUAUCAUGUGUGGGCCUUCUUCUUAAUGCCUACAUUCUUUUGGUUGUUCUUGGACUCGGCAAACAGAUCCAUCAGCAGCAAACUGCAAACACCUUGCUGUUAAUUCAUCUCGGAGCAGUUGAGGCUGCCGUUUGCCUUGUGCUCCUAAUAUUCAGUACUGGUUCCUGGCCAUUUGCUGGUACUUGGUGCGUUAUACACGGGUUUCUUUUGGCUCUCCUCCAUCCAGUUGCCCUUUGGACUGUAACCGGUCUAAAUUGUGAAAGGUAUUAUGCUAUCGCAGCGCCAUUACACUAUGCAGCAUUAGUUUCACCACGAAGAGUAAUAUUUGGAUUAGCAGCAUCGUGGACAGGAUCAUUGCUACUCUGUUUACCACCAAUUUCCGGUUUAGCACCACCAUAUAAAUAUAUUCCUGGUUUAGGAUGUUGUGCUCCUGAUUUUGGUAACGAUAAUUGGGGAUCAUCGGCUGCUGUUUAUGGUGUUGCUUAUGCUUUUUUAGGUUUAGCAUUGCCGGCAGUAUUGGUGACUGUUUGUAAUUUACGUGUACUUGGAAUAGCACGUUAUCAUCGUCAUCGUAUUGCAAGUGCAAUUUACGAGGUGACACUAAGUGCACAAGUCACAAUUACACAUCAACGGAAUCCAUUUUUUAUUCCUUCUAUAACGUCACCAAACGCUGGCGGUGGUCCACCACGUUUUCACAGUGCCGCUAGUACGGUGAUGCAACUGGUUGGUUCUCUUUAUCUGUUGUACUUUCCUUAUUGUGGAUUGAUCCUGUGGGAGGUGUGCUGUGCCAUUGGAGUUGGGGGAACUCAACAGCGUCUGCAUGCGCAUCCUCGUUUUGCGUCCUUGGCCUCACUUCUUCUUGCCUGUUCACCACCCGUAAACGGACUCCUCUAUGGUCUUAAAUCACGAACCUUGCGACGGUCCGUGCAAAACUAUUGGCGUAAAAAGGCUACUAAAUCCGAAUUACAGCAGGAAAUUCAGGCGCGAACACCAAGCGCUACUGGUUCAAGGAGGCCUUCCGGAAAUGGACAAGCCUCCUUCUUCCCUUUUCCGCCGUUGCAACGACGCCUCAGCGAAGCACUAUUAGUACUUGGUUCCUGUAGAACGGGAAAUAUAUUCGAUGAGAGCAAUGUACGAAAUUCAUUUCAUCGCAGUAGAUUACAAACUGCGGCGUCAUGUAAUACUCUUAGAGUGCCAAAUACCGAAUUAGGAGGAUCUACAAAACCAGUGAGAACGAGUGCAAGUACAGCGAGUCUACAGCUUACAUCACGUUUUUGUAACGAUUUUGAUGGAAGCGAAAGUAUUGAAAAUGAUGGUGGGUGCUCUAUAACUGAUACUCCAAAUCAAAGUCCUAGGAUUCUCAUAACUCGAGCUUGCAGCGAAGAGAGUCAGGGCUAUGAAAGUCCAUUGCUUAAGAAAACAAUAACAACAGCUGCUUCUGCCCCAGUAUCGCAGAUUUGCGAAAAGAGACGCUGGAGACAAAGAAGUACAGGAAGUGAUAGUAGCACAGGAAGUAGUGAUGCAAGUGUUUGGACCACAGGAGUAAUGCAAAAAUCAUCAUCAAGGGGUAAAAAUUCAAUGGACGCCUGGCCAAUUGGUCGAAGAUUUGUUCGGGUUAAAACAUUGGAGGAGGGUGUUAUUUUUAUAGGUAAUCGACAACUUGAACGAAGUGAAAGCAGUGAUAAUACGGAAAAUACAGCGACAACUACAACUUCAACUCUUCCCAGAACAUUGAAAACAAUGAAUUCAUCUAACAACGAAGGGACCUGUUACAGGAAAAAGAACGACAACAAGAAGCAAUGGAUUCAAAGGCGAAAAAAUCGAAUAAUUCACAAGAGGAAAGUGAGAGUGACACAAGUUGGAGUAGUUCGGAAGAAGUCAAUGAAAAAAAGGCGAACCUUAUAGCUUUAGAAGAAAACGUCGAUACUCAAAAAUGAGUCUAAAUAUUUCCAAAUUUAGGAAUAUGACAAUUUAAAAAAAAAAUACUCUGAUGAUGAUAAAGGAAAUCAAAAUUUCCUUUUUUUUUUAGUUGAGGGAAAAAUUGAGAGAAAAAUUCCAAAAGGAGUAUUUUUAAAUUUUGCAAAUAGUGAAAGAAAGAAAAAAAAAAAAAAUUUUUAUAUUUCCAACUGAAUCCUUGCCCCUCUCAAAAAAAUAAGAACUUGAGUAACUCGACAUUCCUAAUAUUUUUUUUUAGAGAUUAAUCGACGUUACAUAUCCUAAGACUAUAUUUUUGUACUUCCAAAAAAAUCUUCAUUCCCUUUUUCUUUGAAAAGAAAGUAUUUUCAAUUUUUUAUUCGACUGAAAUCGAUUUUGCUGUUUUUUUUUUAUUUUUUUUUUUGCAAAUUUC